AUGCCCAUGAAACUUGAAGGAAGCUGCCAGUGCGGUGGGGUGGAAUUUACUCUCGAUUCUCAAACGCCUGUUCCUUAUCAGCUUUGUGCAUGCAGCAUUUGCCGCAAGGUUGGCGGCUAUAGCGGCAGCGUCAACCUGGGAGGUAUCGCGGAUAGCCUCAAAAUCAUCAAGGGAAAGGAUCUCAUCAAGAAAUACAACGCUAUAAAGGACCGUGGCACUCCCAACGAGGCAAAAUGUUCAUCUGAACGCAACUUCUGUUCCAAUUGCAGUACUAUGCUCUGGCUGUGGGACCACCACUGGCCGGAGCUGAUCCAUCCUUUCGCAUCUGCCAUCGACACCGAGUUGCCGGUCCCAGAUGAGAUGGUCUGUGUCCUGGCAAGUUCCAAGCCAUCCUGGGUACGAUGGCCCGAAGGCAAGAAAUCGGUGCAUGAUGUCUACGGCGACGACAGCAUUGAAGGGUGGCACAAGAAACAUGGUCUAUUCAUGAAGUGAGGUAUACGCUGCAAUUAUCAUGUGAUGUUUACUGAAGAUUUUAUGAAGAAGCAUUAAAAGUAAUUGCAUUUUCCUUGGAGCUAGAACUAGCAAUUGUCUGCAAGUGACAAAGUUAGCCAAAGUAACUUUCAAACUUCCAAGAUUGAUUGAUGAUCAAAGAAGACGAGGUAUCAGUUCUCCAAGGUGAAAUGAUGUUUUUCUUCAAGGUGUAUUCAGUAAGAACACAGCGAAUCAAGAGAUCAUCAUACAACAUCCAAGGCAAAAGAGUAGGGGUAGUACUCACACUGCAGCGAACUUCGUUAGCAAUCACUACGAUUCAAGUAUUCCUAUAACAAUUCGGACAAUCAGCAA